UUACUACCACCACAAAAUGCUCUGUUCAAGAAUACUGCGGCAGUCAGGCCGCCAAUUGCACCGUAAAAAUGGUCUCACAUGUCCAUCGGCCUCCCUAUCCCCUCGAACGCGCGCAUUCCACGCUACCACCCCCCGCAACAACAUCAUCUUCGACACCGCACUCUACCUCCCCCACGAGCUCCUCCAAUUCCUGCACGGCUACGUCCCCUGGUAUGCCGCAAUCCCCAUGUCCGCCUUCAUCAUGCGCGGCGUCCUCGUCACCACGCUCGGUUCGCGCGUCCGCUCCAACGUCAGCCGCUACAUGAUGCUGAACCCGCUCCGCACCGCCAUCUCUCUCAGCGUCACCGAGCGCAUGGCCAAUUCCGGCGAGUUGGGGGACCUGAAGUCCCCCCAAGCCCGGAACGCCCUUGUCCGCGCCCGCCGCAAGGAAGUCAAUGCCCUGAACGAGCGCUGGAAGUGUACGAUGCGCGGCCAGAUUGGCUGGACCUUCGCACAACUGCCCAUCUUCCUCGCCUUUGCCGAAACACUGCGUCGCAUGUCGGGAUAUGGCCGGGGUCUGCUGCGCAUAGCCACGGACGCUUGUGGCAUUACGACACCCUUAGAGGCCGGAAAGCAGGGAAUCGGGGUCGCAUACGGCACCGAUAUCGCGGCGAAUCCUUGGUUCGACGGCUCGCUCGCGACCGAGGGCGCGCUCUGGUUCCCGGACCUCCUCAUCCCGGACCCCACGGGCGCAUUGCCCUUCAUCGUCUCCGGCCUCAUGUUCACCAACGUGUACACGUCCACCCUGGACCAGGAGCUCGACGCCCAGCGUUCGAGGUUUUCCAAGGUCCUGCGGACAACCGCGCUGGGUCUCUCGGCCUCGCUGUGCGUUCUCUUGCAGUAUGUGCCUGCUAGUAUGGUGCUGUAUUGGGCAUCGAGUAGCGCAUCGGCGCUUGUGUGGAAUUGCUGGCUUAGCUGGAGAUAUCCCAUCGCUAGAGGAUUUCAGCCGUGUAAGAGGCCGUUGCUGAAGAUACCGCCGCCCCAAGGUGCUUCCAGCUCGGGGUUGAACAUGAAGGUCAAAAAAGCGCGCUUCUGAUGGAAGCGAUGGGCGGGAGUCUAAGAAGGGAAAUUUGUACAAUUAUGUGUAUUCAUCGUUAUGCUUCGCGAAGCGGAGGCGAUUGGUGUUUAGAGUAUGUUGAUGGGCAGACUGCUUGUACAAGUUGGACAUAGAGUCAAAGUGGAUGCCAAAGAUACCACAGAACAUUUGACGACACAACCUGCGUCGCUCGGCAUUGGUGAAGUGCA